ACCUCUUAAGUAAUGAAUUUCUGCAAAAAAAAAAAAAAACAUCUCCACAAUUUACUGUAUUUGGUGUGAGCUGCUGCUGGCCGUCUGAAGGGGAAAAAAAGGGGGUGGGGAAAGUUAGAGUUGUUCAAGUCUUGAGGCAUGCUGUGCUCACUGGGUACUUGACAUCAGUGCACUUUGGGUGGACAUGAUCAUGGAGCGACCGCGGGGAUUAAGCAUAUAUGUUUUGGUGUUAUUUAUUGUAUCAAAGGCUUUGGGGUCCAAUAUCUGCACGUCUCGAGGCGUGAGCACGUGCCAACAGUGCCUCGCUGUGCACCCAAGCUGUGCCUGGUGCUUCCAAGAGGACUUUGGGCAGGGCAAGACGGGGGUGUCUCGUUGUGACCUAAAGAAGAGCCUCAAAGCAGCAGGAUGUUCAGACCGCUCACUGGAGAACCCUAAAAGUGGUAUGACCGUCGAGGAGGACAGGCCACUCAGCAACAAGGCUUCAGGGUCCACCAUGGACGUCACACAAAUUCAGCCCCAGAAACUCCACAUCACUCUGAGACCAGGCGAUUCCAAGCGCUUCACGGUGAAGGUGCGACAGGUGGAGGACUACCCUGUAGAUCUGUACUACCUGAUGGACCUCUCCUACUCCAUGAACGACGACCUGCGCAGCUUGCGGAUGCUGGGCAACGACCUCGCCAAAGCCAUCAACCAGACCACCAGCAACCUGCGCAUGGGAUUCGGCGCUUUCGUGGACAAGCCAGUCUCGCCCUACAUGUACAUAUCUCCGCCGGAGGCUGUGCAGAACCCCUGCUUCGGCUUGAACCGGAACCCAAGCGUGUGUGAGCCUCAGUUUGGGUACAAGCACGUUCUGUCCCUGACAGAGAAGGUGGGCCGGUUCACAGAGGAGGUCAAGAAGCAGAUUGUGUCGCGGAACAGGGACGCCCCCGAGGGUGGCUUCGACGCGAUCAUACAAGCGGCUGUUUGCAAGGAGAGAAUUGGCUGGAGACCAGGUGCAUCUCACCUGCUGGUGUUCACCACCGAUGCCAAGACCCACAUCGCUCUGGACGGGCGACUGGCUGGCAUUGUGCAGCCCAACGAUGGAAAAUGCCACAUGGGUUCAGACAACAUGUACUCCAUGUCCACUAUACUGGACUACCCCUCUCUAGCUUUGAUAACAGAAAAAAUGUCGGAGAAUAACAUUAAUCUCAUCUUUGCGGUCACUAGCCCUGUGCAACCUCUGUAUAAGAACUACAGUGAACUCAUCCCUGGAACAACAGUUGGGAUCUUGUCUAGUAACUCAAGCAAUGUGAUUCAGCUCAUCCUUGCUGCUUACGCUAAAAUCCGUUCCAAGGUGGAGCUGGAGCUCCAGGGAAUUCCAGAGGAGCUGAGUUUGUCCUUCAACGCCACCUGCCUGAAUGGGGAGGUCAUUCCCGGUCAAAAAUCCUGCUCUGGCCUCAAGAUAGGAGACACUGUGUCCUUUAGCGUGGAUGUGCGUAUGCGGGGCUGCCCCAAGAAGAAGAAGAAGACCUUCACCCUGAAGCCAGUGGGCUUCAAGGACACACUGCAGAUCACCGUCACCUUCGAGUGCGAGUGCAAGUGCCAGGCUAAGGUGGAGCCUGACAGCCCUAUUUGCCAUGGGGGCAACGGAACAUACGAGUGUGGUGUCUGCCUGUGCCACCCAGGGCGUCUGGGCCCGCGCUGCGAGUGUGCGGAGGGCGACUACAGCCCCGAGGAGCAGGACAAGUGCAGCGGAAGCCCAGACAAGGCGGUGUGCAGCGGGCGGGGCGACUGCGUGUGUGGCCAGUGCGUGUGUCAUGCCAGCGACUUUGGCAAGGUGUGGGGCACGAUGUGCGAGUGUGAUGACUUCAACUGCCUGCGCUACAAGGGGGAGCUGUGCUCAGGUCAUGGCAAAUGCUAUUGCGGUUCGUGUCAGUGUGACCCCGACUGGAAGGGGGAGAACUGUAACUGCUCCACCCGCACGGACACCUGCAUGUCCAGCUUGGGUCUGCUGUGCAGCGGGCGGGGCCAGUGUGUGUGUGGCAGCUGUGAGUGCACCCAGCCCGGGGCCUACGGCACCACCUGUGAGAAGUGCCCCACCUGCCCCGACGCCUGCACCAUGAAGAAGGAGUGUGUUGAAUGCAAACACUUUCAAAGAGGGAAGCUCUUUGAGGACAAAACUUGCGCUCGUAUCUGCAGAGAUGAGAUCCGGCUAGUGGAUGAUAUAGUCUUCCAUGAUAACAACGCGGUCAACUGCACCUACAAGGAUGAGAACGACUGUGUGGAGCGCUUCCAGUACUAUGAAGAGGCCAGUGGUCAGUCUGUCCUCUUUGUGGUCGAAGAGCCAGACUGUCCUAAGGGCCCCGACAUCCUGGUGGUGCUGCUGUCGGUGGCGGGGGCCAUCCUCUUCCUGGGCCUGGCCACUCUGCUCAUCUGGAAGCUGCUGGUCACCAUCCACGACCGACGCGAGUUUGCCAGGUUUGAGGAGGAGCGGGCACGCGCUAAAUGGGACACGGGCCACAACCCUCUUUACAAAGGAGCCACCUCCACCUUCACAAACAUCACCUACCGGGGCAAUAAGGACUGACCUUACCCAGUCCCAGUCAGGAAAUGAUUGACACCAGCUGGGAGGACAGGCUUUGCUAAAAAGGCUUCAAUCCACAGGCAGUGUGGAGUGUCUUCCCCUUAGACCUUUCUACCUGUGCAGGCCCUACUGUUGUAGAAUGAGGAUGUAACAUGAUUAUUCUUUUAUGUGUGUGUGUCACCGCUGGAAAUACAAGAGCUUGUACAGUAUGUGACUGAUGGUUUGAGACUAAAUCGAAACUCUUUUUCUCUUUAUUUGUAUGUGUCCCCAUCUCAAACAAUGCCUGCAAAAACACCCUAACAAACCUUUUUUGUUAAUUGAAAAAGCCAAACAAUUUCAUCUGGAGACAUUGUCGUCCACAUAAAACCAAUGGAUGGAGGGAACUGCCUUGUGAACAGGCUUCUUUUUCUUUUUUUUUUGUCUGUCUUUUUUUGUUUAGUUUGAACGCCUGGGGAGAUAGCUAAUCACACUCGGCUGACACAGCAUGAGACUUCCUCCUUCCUUCCUCCAACCGUCACCCCCGUCAUCUUGUUUGAGUACGAGCCUCUUAGGAUAAAAGCACUUGGGAUGACAGUUAUAGCUGGAGCUGUUGCCCCCUUUUCACAGAGCUUGUCAAGAUAUGGUAGUAUUGGUGGCCUCAUCAGCUGUAAAGUUACACAAGUUGACUGUUUUUGCUCUCAUCACGGUAUGCGUUCUUCAAGUUAAAGCAGUUAAUGACCAUUGAUUUUAACAUUAAAGAUGCAGUCUGUUAUUCAGUUUUGUGAAAGGUUAAUGAUAUUUGCGCUUGAACAGCCUAUCAAAUUACACUCUUCCCUUCUGAGCUCCUGAUGCAUGUGUGUUGAUUGGCUGGGAUUGUUUAUGGCUCGGUCCGAGCCACAAUGUUUGCUUCCCAUUUAGAGAGCCAGGACUGUGUUUAAACACACUGAAGUUAUUUGACCACAGACACUGAAUGGACAGCUAAAGGACCAUGAGGAGCAAUUUGCUGAAUUUUACAAAAAGUGUAUGGGAUUAGAAUUGCGGACUGUGUCUUUAAAUUCCAAUUGCAAUUUGGAGUCUUAUUUAUUUUGUCUUUCUAUAGUGAGGUUUAUGUAAGUUGUAAAGUCAGCUGGUUACCUUUGCCAGAACAUGUUACAGAACUCCAUCGGCCGCUUCAUCUACUGUAUUUAUUGUGACCCGUCGUUACUAAUUACAUGUUCUGAAAAUUAGACGACUGCACACAGACUGAACCGCAACACACUGGGAAUUUAAUGACAGGUGUCACUGUUGAAGACACACACAAACACGCACACGCACACACACACACACACACACACACACACACACACACACACACACACACACACACACACACACACACACACACACACACAGACACACACACAAGUGUCUAACAGACAGAGGGCUUUAUGGUGCCUGUUGCCAUUAUUUGUGUUUGAAUCAUCAGAUACAAAAAGGGAGAGAGAAAAAUCCAGUGGUUGCAUUUGGUGCUUGUUCUUAAAUGAUGUUUUGAUUUUAAUUGAAUUUUUUGUUCUCACAGUUUUCUAAAUGAAAAAUAAGAUCACCAUUGUCACAUUUGUUCUUUGCAGUAUGAAAGUUGUCACAAGAGAUUAUUACAAAAUAAAAUAUUUUGUAUAUA